GUACGUGUCGGGGGCGGAGCUCCGGGACGGCCCUUGCAGCAUGGCCGCUGGCGCCGCCGCCGCCUUGGCGUUGCUGGGCCAGGAGAGCCGAUCCCGGGCCGGGGCCGUCGGGGGUCUGCGCUUCCCGGCGCCCGUCACGAUGGACAGCUUUUUCUUCGGCUGCGAGCUCUCUGGCCACACCCGCUCUUACACCUUCAAGGUAGAGGAGGAGGACGACGCCGAGCACGUGCUGGCUUUGACCAUGCUCUGCCUCACCGAGGGGGCCAAAGACGAGUGUAACGUGGUGGAAGUUGUGGCCCGGAACCACGACCAUCAGGAGAUUGCUGUCCCUGUGGCCAACCUCAAGUUGUCCUGCCAGCCCAUGCUCAGUUUGGAUGACUUCCAGCUCCAGCCGCCAGUGACCUUCCGUCUGCAGUCAGGGUCUGGUCCAGUUAGGAUCACUGGGCGCCACCAGAUUGUGACAAUCAGCAAUGAUGUUUCUGAGGAAGAAGAGAGUGAGGAGGAGAGUGAAGACGAGGUUGAAUUGUGCUCCAUCCUGCCUGCCAAGAAGCAGGGGGGCAGACCCUAGUCCUGGGUCAUCGAAUUCUCUACUGUGUGUGCCAUGUACCAUGUUCCUGUACAAGUUCUGAAAAUCUUAAAUGUGUCUUCUCCAUUGAAGAGGAAGGUGGGGUGCUGGGAGAGAGAAUCGUGUUGUCUACAGGAUCCUGGUUUUGUUCUAAGCCUCUGCCAAACCUAUCUGGGAUUUCCUUUUUUCCAGGAGUGGGAGGAAUUCUGAACUCCUACCCUGGCACUUUCUCUCCUUUCUUGUAGUCCUAGCCCAGGGCUACGUAUUUGUAACACUUUUUACAUUUUUGGAUAAAGGUUGAAAUAAAGUGGCCUGGAGUGUUUUUUGCAAUUAA